GAGCUCACAGUGUCAGUAAAAGAGGCACAAACGUCAGUCGUGUCAAGCCUUGCCCGCAUCUGCACGAGCCAUAAACAAUUGCCUGAUUUGGAACGCAACUACUUUUUUUUCGAACGCAUUUGAAUAAAAAAGGCGCGAAAAUAGAAUGUGACAGCCUUGAACUUUUUUAUCUGUAUCGUUUGUGUUUUGUUUCGUAAAUGGUUUAUUUUAUGAUGGAGCGUUUUGUUUUAUAUUCGGUUUUCGUGAUAUUAUUUACAAAUGAUUGUACAGCAUGCUUAAUAGAGAGUACAGUAAGCAAUAGAAGCAUUACGACGGGGAGUUGGUUUUACGAGGAGUGUUGCUGUUCCGAUGACUCGUCAAUGGUGAAAGAACUAACAUGGCUAGAUCCUUACAACAGAGUAAUUUCGGGACCAGGUACAGAUUCAAAUUUGUACACCGAAGAGCAGAGUGGAUGUCUGUUUCUACAAAUUCCCAGUGCAAGCAAGACUGUAUCGGGGGCAUACAAAUGUAUAUCUUCCUACGAGGGAAAACAACAAACCCGUGUUCAUAACCUAGAUAUAUAUGAUCCAUUGUACUUCUAUGACACGGCUCAGGAGCAGUACUUAGUGUUCAACAAUGAUUCCUUGAUCAAGUGUCAGGCAAACGGAGCCACGCCUCCUUUGAUCCGAUGGUACAACGGAAAAGAUGGAACUGAUGAGAUAUUAGCCAACAAAACAGAAAAAUAUCAGAUCAUGCCAGAUGGUUUGAUUGUAAAGAAUGUGAGCAAGGAUGAUGAAGGAAUAUAUAAAUGUUCAGCAUCUGUCUUGUCGACUGGAGAAGAAGUGGAACUCAAUAUUCAAACUAAGGUAAUGACCCCUCCAGUGAUCACACAAUUAAAUGGGAAUCCUGAUUCAGUAGUAGCAGUUGGUGAAAGCCUGAUGAUACAAUGCUCUACUCAAGGAUUGCCCGAACCUGAAGUGGAGUUGAAGAAAAUACCAGAACCGAGUCCAGGUGAAAACAAAACAGUUCCUUGGGAUAUACAUUCGAAGGGAAUAAUUCGUUUUAAAAGUAUAACACCAGAAGACGCUGGCACUUACGAAUGCACCGCUAAAAACUUCGUUGGGGAGUCCAAGAAGCAACUGACAAUCACGGUACUGAUCAAACCAGAAAUCAUAGGCUUCACCAACAGGUCUGUUGUAGAGGGUUCAGUAAUACCAAUGUUCUGUAAUGUAACAGGUAUACCUUUACCUAGUGUCAUGAUUACUUACGAAGGAAAAAGUUUAGAUGAAGAAAGAGAUACUGAUUAUGAUGAAAUUAUUGAAAAUUUUUCACUACUGAAAGUAAGCAGAUCUAGUGAGGGUAUAUACAUUUGCAAUGCUACUAACGAUGUGGACACGAAGACUGAGCUGAUGUACCUGACAGUAUUGCAUCAGCCUUACUUUGACAAGACUUACGAACCGCUCUGGGCUUGGAACGGUGAAACUGUGAACAUCAGCUGCGCUCAGGAUAGCAAUCCACCCGCUAAUUUUACUUGGAGCUUUGUACCGGGAAACUUUUCAACAAUAGAGCGACAAGAGCAUGACAAUAUUGUUCUGGACUAUGAAACCACAAUGAACCAUUCGUUCCCCUUCUCCGAGCAGUUUGCACCAUUCGGAAGACAUGAGUGUAGAGCCCGGAAUCAAUAUGGUGAAGCGGUUAAGAUUUUUCAGAUUAGAAAAGGAUCUAUUCCAUCGGUUGUGGUGAAUGCAACAACAAUAGAAGAAGCGGCAACAUCAGCUACAUUCUUCAUUGAGACUCCGAUCGACUACGAAGGGCCUGACGUCAUAGGUUUUAUAGCAGAGUAUGACGAGCUAGAGAAAUAUGAAGUCACUAAUAUACAUCCAAAUAGGACUUGGGCAGUGGGAAUCCCAUUCAAGCUGGAGAGACUUAAACCUAAUACCACCUACUACAUUAGAUUCGCUGCAAUAAAUCGCGUUGGUACUGGAGAAUGGAGUGAACAGAUUGCAUUUGAAACUAUGGACAAGUCAGCUCCAGAACCUCCGAUAUGGCAACUAGAUGAGGUCGAGAUAUCGUCGAACAAGGUGCUCAAGUGGAAAGCUCCGGAGAACAACGGCGAACCGAUAGACUACUACGCUCUACGAUACUGCCCGGUGGAUGAAGAAAUAAUCGAAUCAUUAUGUAAAGAACAUCGACUGGAAGGGACAACCGAACUACUAGUGAACGAACUAGAACACAACACUACUUAUCAUUUAGAACUGAUAGCUCAUAACGCUGAAGGAAACUCUACUCCUGCUAAUAUAACUCUUAUGGUACCAGACAAACUCACAAAUGCACCGGUAUCAGUACUUACAGCAGGAGCAUUAAUAGGGUUAUCAAUCGUCGUAGUGUUAGUAUGUCUCGUACUACUAGACAUAUUGCUCUACUUCUGGAAGAAACAGGGCAUCAUAGCCAGCUGUUGUUGCAAGAAAAACAAAAAGAAGAAACCAAACCCGUUGAAUCAACGUGACAAGAAAGGUCUGUUGAAAGACAACGGGGAAUCUGGCACAGACGAUACUUUGAGGAGGCCUAACAAUGGGCACAAAGAGUACGAGUACAAUAAGACCACAGGCAUUAUUACCGGGAAACAUUCCUCUGUUUAGAGUAAAGAAUUUUAAAACGUUUAACGUGAAUCGUACGAUUUUUUUGUCAGGAAGUCUGUUGUCAUUGUUCGGUCUUUUCGUACGCCUGUGACGAUAAACGGUCGAUUUAUUAUAAUGGCUUUUCUGUUUGUGUUUUAUUCCCUUGUAUGGUUUAUAUUCUAAACAUCGACUUCUAUUUAUUAUAUUUUCAGCUUACAUAAUAAUUUAUAGUAUAAUAUAAAACAAAUUGCGAAAAUAUUACUAAGAAAUAUUUAUCAAAGUAGAUACGAGUCUUGCUGUAACCAGCAAUUACGCACUCGAAAAAAUAUAAUUUUUGGUCAAAAAUUAUAUCUUUUUUCAUUUUUUCUAAUCAUAUCGCUCACUAAUGCUUCCAUUUACAUGUAGGAGCUUAAGUAGCUUAAAAUCAUUAUUAUUAAUGUAUUCACUAAGUCGUACGAUUCACGUUUAUUUUUUGUUAGGUAAGUAAAGUGAUAUUGUGUAUCUUUGGAAUGUCAGUUAAGUGUAAAAAGGUUUAUGUUUGUAAUGAUAUAUUUUAUUGAGUGGCCGAUGAAUUUUUUAAGGUAAUUUUAGUUUCGUACAUACCUAUAAUUAUUUUGUAAAGAUUAUUGUUUUUAUAAUAAUUUAUUUAUGAAAUUAGAUAUUGGUAUUUUUGUAUUUCUUAAAGUUACGAUAUAUUUUGUUUUUAUAUAGUAGUAGAAAAAUAUAUUAUCAUACAUUUUGUUUACCAAAAUAGUACAAACAUUCAUAAAGUGCCUCCAUAUUAAAAAAAUGCCAUAUCGUUAAAUUUUAUUAUUCCAAAAUAUAGUAUAAUAUAAAACAAAUUUGUUAUUUAUUCAAUGUUGUCUUUAUCUAUUUUUAUCCUUAAUAUUGUAAAAAAUAAUAUAUGAUGAAUUAAAAUCUAGGUAAGUAAUUCUAAGCUUUAUAAUAUGCCUAACGUAAAAUUAAUAUACCUAAGCUUAAAAUUGUUAUCAUACCAAAGAAUAAAUCGUACAUAAACAACUUAUAGCAAAACUAUUUUUUACUUGAAAUUUUAUCAUUAUAGCUAUUACUGAACUAACGGUAACUACAUUUACUUAGAUAUUAUUUAUUGCUUAAAAUCAACUAAAACUAAGAGUCAAGAUGUCAGUAGUUUUGCUAUAAACCAUUUAAUUUUUAUCUUUCAUUAAAAAUAUGUAUAAAAUUGA